GGAUGGGCCAAAACGCGUUCGCGGCGUGGAUUGGCCGAGGCUGGGGCAGAACGGCGGAGCCGCGCUGAGCCGGGAGCGCGGCGGCUGCGUUUCGUGACUCGCCGCGAUGUGGCGUGGCUGUCGUUCACUGCUCUGGGGCCGCUUCCCGCCUGUCUGUCUCUACCGACCGCCUCCGGUUGCUGCCGGGAACGGUCCGGUGGGACCAGGAGGGGGUCGGACCUACGCCCCACCGGCAGAGAGGAAGCGGUUCUACCAGAACGUGAGCAUCUCUCAAGGAGAAGGAGGCUAUGAAAUAAACCUGGACCACCGAAAGCUGAAAACACCCCAGGCCAAGCUCUUCAUUGUCCCCACUGAGGCCCUGGCCAUUGCAGUGGCAACAGAGUGGGACUCCCAGAAGGACACCAUCAAAUUCUACACUAUGCAUCUGACCACACUGUGCAACACGGCGCUGGACAACCCCACGCAGCGGAACAAAACGCAGCUGAUCCGAGCGGCCGUGAAGUUCCUGGACACUGACACCAUCUGCUAUCGUGUGGAGGAGCCAGCUGCCUUGGCAGAGCUACAGAAGAAUGAAUGGGAUCCCAUUGUGGCCUGGGCUGAGAAGAGGUACAAUGUAACAAUUGGCUCCUCGACCAGCAUCCUGGGACCAAACAUCCCCACCAGCACCAAGGAGACCUUCAUUACUCAUCUGGCUUCCUACAACAUGUGGGCCCUGCAAGGUAUAGAAUAUGUAAUCACCCAGCUGAAAUCACUGAUUCUGUCCAUGGGGCUGAUUGACAGGCACAUUACAGUGGAGAAAGCCGUGCUUCUGUCUCGCCUGGAGGAAGAAUACCAGAUUCAGCGGUGGGGCAAUGUGGAGUGGGCCCAUGACUACGACCUGUGCGAGCUGCGUGCGCGCGCGGCGGCCGGCACUCUCUUCGUCCACCUUUGUUCGGAGAGCUCAAGUGUGAAGCACAAACUGCUGCAGCACUGAGGCUGCUGGGUUGGGCACAGGAGGAAAAUGCCCAGCUGUGAACUGCUGGUGUGACUCAGCGUGGCAGUAAGCACCCUCCUGCCACCCCAUCUCUCCAGGCAUCAGCCUCAUGGUGAGGAGCUGCAACUUUGUGGGCAACUCCUCUCUUGGACUGGCUGCCGCAGUGCAGUGCCAGCAGUUUGGAGCCUGCAAGGAGGAAAGGUCAAGGUGAGGUUCCUCUGCAUCCCCAGGACAGCAGCUCUGUCCUUUACUGGUGUCUGUAACUCAUCAGAGGAGCUCCCAAGAAAGAAACAGCUUCCUGGGCAGGGUGCGGCACAGACAUACCCAGCAUAUGCCACAUGUCUUCAUAGCUGCCAGCUCCUGACACACACUUGUUAUGGAAAUCUGAAAACAGACUCGGCUGCAUCUGUUCUUCAUCCCUCCGUGUGCUUGGAUGUCACACCAGGGUCUUUCUGUUUGAUUAAAGGCACGGCCCUGCUAGAUUCUAAAUCCA